AUGCCCCCGAACGAUGUUGGCCAACUUUCCCGGAUUCUGCGCAUUCCACGAUCUGAUGAACCAAAUGCGUGCGUACUAUUGCACAUUGUUUGUUGCGGCGCUUCCAUACUGGAUUUGAAUCUUAUCGGCACAGAAGGGGAGUGCCCAUAUACCGGCACAGUGCGACAGACUCGCCUUAACUCAUAUCGCUCAAAGAACUAUCAAGGCACCGAAGACGAGUGGGCUCACAUUAUGCUUCAUGUACUAGGACAAUUGGAAUAUUCCAGGAUGAGGCAGGAUAUACUUACAGGGGUGGAAACGUCGGCUUCAAUCGCUGGCUCUGAAGCCAAGGGCAAUGAGAUGACAAUCGUGAUACGGAAGAGGAUUCAAUCUAUAACCCAAAAACUGGGGGCUAUAAUCCUGAAUCAGAAGGAUGAAGAAGCCAUUCAUCUCUACGAGUGGACUUCUAUCUCCGCCGAGAGGACUGGUCUCCUCGAGAAGCGCUGUUUGACUCUGCAGGACCGCUGUCAGAAUGCUGAGGAGACCAUAAAUAAUUUAAGGAAACAGCUUGAUGAAGUCAUAAACGCCAAGACUCGACACGAACAACAGUUGGUGAACAAUUUUAUGCAGCUUCUCAACGAGAAGAAAUUGAAGAUCCGCAAUCAACAGCGCGUAUUGGCUUCCACAGAUUUUGCUUCACAGACUAGUAGGUCGCCUCCGGGUGAAUCCACGCAAAUCACGACGGCUAAAGGGGGAGCGGGCAGUUCAGUCUCGAAACCAUCACAUACUAUGUCGUGUAGUGAAGACGACAUCGAAAAUUUAGAGUUAGAACGGGAAAACCGCCGGGUAAGCCUUGAAGCAGCACUAGGUACAGACAACGAGCCGUCUUCAACGCCGCAACAAGCGUUAGAGGAAGAUGGCUCUACUACUGAUGAAGAUAUGUCUACUACUUCUACUCACGACGCCCAGACAAGCAAGCUUGACUCAAAAAGCUUUCAUUCACAGUCUACAAGCAAGAAUCAAGUCAUUCCACCUCGAAGAGAGCUUCCAUUCGCGAAGACCACGGGAAAAAACGCAGGGAUGCGAACAGUUCGGCCUGAAUACAAAGAAUCUGGGCACAGCUCAGGAGAGACAGACGACGAUGAGCUAUAGCCUGAAUUUGCCAGCAGCUUCAGGGCAUAGCUUUUAGGCAUAAGGAAUGAUGCAUUUUGUAGUCCUUGAUUGUUAUACGCGGGCCCUCGAAAUAAUCUUCUGAUGCGGCGGAUUCUGGUUUACUACAUGGGCUGUAGGCAACCAAUCAAUACAGAGUCUGCUGGUGAACAAGCGAAUGUUGCAUGGCUCUGUCGUACCACCAAAUAUAAUUUUUCGAUCUUAUGUACAAAUUCAUCACUGCUGAUGUGGUUUGAGACUUCCCUUGGUGUGAUUGUGAGAUUUGACAGAAUAGGCCGAGAAAGCACAGUACUUGAACUAUAAUAACAUUGGACUAGGGCAAAAGCAUCGAAGGAAAAAGUUGUUUAGGUGUUACAACAACAACGCCUAGACCACCAGACAAAUAGGAAGAAACUGGGUCAAUAGUGAAAAAUCGGAAAUCUAGCCAUACAGAGCCU